UAACUCAUUGGUUCAUGCUAACAACUUACUAGUAAACGGUGGUAGUUUCACAUCAGCUGAGUGACAUUAGCCGACUUGUCAGCGGUAACUGAACAUUUAAACUCUGGAGAAGACGCAGCUUUUAGUUGCCGUGCUUGCUAACAUUAGCAUCUGCUUCAAGUUCAAGCACUACAAUGAGGCUGGUGAUUCUGGACGACUAUGACCUGGCGAGUGAGUGGGCAGCAAAAUACAUCCGCAACAGAAUCAUCCAGUUCAAACCGUCCGCUGACAGAUACUUCACUCUAGGUUUACCCACAGGGAGUACUCCUUAUGGCUGUUACCAGAAGUUAAUAGAAUACUACAGAAAUGGAGACAUUUCAUUCAAAUAUGUGAAGACCUUCAACAUGGAUGAAUAUGUGGGUCUCCCUCGUGCUCACCCAGAGAGCUACCACUCCUACAUGUGGAACAACUUCUUCAAGCACAUCGACAUCGAUCCAGCCAACGCUCACAUCCUUGAUGGAAACGUAGAGGACCUGGAGGCCGAGUGUCAGGCCUACGAGCAGAAGAUUGCAGAGGCCGGAGGAAUCGAGCUGUUUGUAGGAGGUAUCGGCCCUGAUGGUCACAUAGCGUUCAAUGAGCCCGGUUCCAGCCUCGUCUCCAGGACCAGGGUGAAAACCCUGGCUAAGGACACCAUUGUGGCCAACGCUCGUUUCUUUGGCAACGACCUCUCCAGGGUUCCCACCAUGGCUCUGACUGUGGGCGUAGGAACUGUCAUGGACGCCAAGGAGGUGAUGAUUCUGAUCACAGGAGCACAUAAAGCCUUCGCUCUGUACAAAGCCAUCGAGGAGGGAGUGAACCACAUGUGGACUGUCUCAGCAUUCCAGCAGCACCCGCGCACCAUCUUUGUCUGUGAUGAAGACGCCACCCUGGAGCUAAGAGUCAAAACAGUCAAAUACUUCAAAGGUUUAAUGCAUGUUCACAAUAAACUGGUGGACCCAGUGCUCAGCAUUAAGGACCAGUGAAAGUGAUGUGAAGAUGUGAAGAGAGGACGGUCAACACGAGGGGACGGCCUCAUCACUCCAGUACUGUUCUCUGGCUGAGGAACUGUUGAGCCAUCGACUGUCCUCAGGUGGGCAGAUUCUUCAUGCAUACACUUGAACUGCCUUUGGAUUAUGUUACAGAUAAAUAAUGAGAUGUUCAUGUUAGAAAGAGAUUCUUUGUUUAGUGGUUUGCAUUUAAAGGGAUAGUUCACUUUUUCUAAUCAAAGCUGCUGGUCUUUGAAGGCUAGAUUUAAAGUCAUGACAGUAAACAAUAAGCCUUUAUUUGUCUUUUCUUUUUUUUUCGUUGUGUAAAAAGAAUCCUGACCGUCUCUGAAUGAAACAGUAUAGUACACAUAACUUGAUUAAGCUUUAAUUUUCAUCAGUGAUUCAUCCCCCCCGAUUAGUGAUUUAACAAAAGGAAGCAAAUACUUUGUGUAUAUUAGGGCUGGACCCAAAUAUUCGACUAUUGGGAUAGGAAUACUUUGGUUAGGUAUUUUGUUUUCAAUUUCGGGAUUCAGGUAUUCACAUUGUGAGUAUUGACAGUAAAGGAAAUAUCAGCAAUUACAAGCCUCAGGGUUUCCCACAUUUCCCAUAAAUUGAUUUAUUUGUGGCAGCCUGCCACAGUAUCAACACGACCGCCACAUAUUAAUUUCCUUUUUUUUCCCAUUAUUAUGUAAAUACACUCAGCCCCUCUUUGUCCCACUCUCAGACUCUCUGUCACCCUGCCAUCCCUCUGCCUCCCUGCUGCAGGAGUGUGAGCUCCAUGGUGGCCACAGUUGGUGAGAGUCUGCUCGGCCCACAUAGUGAGAGGGCUAACUGUUAACAUCACACGGCUAAGGUUACCUAAAGGUUAUUAACGGGUUUUAUGACCGAUUUCAUGUCGAUGUUGUGAGUCUUCGGACCUCGCUGGCAUUAUUCUCCUCUGUAACUAUCAAAUGAUUCCUAAAAUUACUGUCAAAUUCAGCAGGAUGUGGAUUCAUGAUGUAUCUCUUCAGCACUCAUGGCUUGAUUCAUUUCCAUCUAUAGUGUUUGGUUACAAUAUUCUGUUCUCAGCUUUCUUUUAUUUAAAUAUUCAAAUAUCACUCCUGUUACAGUAAGUGAAUUUGAGCAUAUACACUGUUGUUUUAAACUCCUUAUUUUCUAAUGACAAUAAAAACUUUGCUAGAA